UUCCUGUAAGCCCUCUGUACACAGGCUGCGGUCGCAAGUGGAAAAUGUCACCGGGCACUUAUAAAAAGCCCGUCAAGAGUCUGAGGAGAUGGAGGAUGACUGACAGAGAGGCAGCCCUGGAGACACUGUAGAGACAUGAAGAAGGCUCAGAGAAUGCAGCUUCAAUCAAGGAAACAAGGAGAGCAGUGAGCGAUGGCAGUGGGGUUUCAGUGCUGCAUGUUCUUGGCUGUGCUUCCCCUGUGGACGCAUGCAGCCCCGGCUCCACAAACCUCGCAAGGACUCCUGUACUGUGUGAACAACUUUGUCAGAAGCGUCACUUGCACUUGGAAAAACUCUGCAUUUAAGCCCAGCUCGGACUGUUGGGUCUCUGGGGUGAAGACGACGUCAAACUUUAAAAACAAUGACCUGCAACACGUCAUUCGCAGCUGCAAACUCAAACAAGACGGAGAAUUCCCAAGAUGCACCUUUUCCUUCAAUAGGACAUUUAACUCUUUUGAAAAAUUGCCAAAUAUUAGUAUGAUCUGCAACGGAACAUUGAUUGAAACCCAAAAGAAUUAUAACCCUAAACUUCACAUAAAACUGCACCGUCCCGGCGCUCCCAAUGUCACCAGCUCGGCCAACAUGACCCGGAUCUGGUGGAGAAUCGGGAGCCAGUCGCGAUUCCUCGAGUUGUUCGACCUCCAAGUUCAGAUCAAGCGUGUGGACCAGUCGUGGGAUGAGAGCGUCUAUGAGUUUAACAGGACGGUGAGCAAGAGUCAGCUUUCAGAGAUGAUCAUAUGGCAAAAAUUAAAGGGUCAUCUCCAGGUUAGAGUAAGAAUAAAGUCUGGAGGGGGGAAAGGGGGCCAGUUUAGUGAGUGGAGCCCAACCACGUCCUGGAUAGAAGAGGAUGAAGUGGCAGCAUCACAGAAACAAGAUUUAAAUCAGCCAGGUGUGCUCAUUUUUCUACCUUUAGCGCUCAGCUUGGGACUGUCCUUCGCGUCUGUGCUGGCCAUUUACGGUUUUUGCAUCAGAAAACGGAAUCUAAAGGAGAAGCCUGUGCCAAAUCCUUCACUAUACUUCUGCUCACUGCAUGAAGUUUAUGGAGGAAAUUUGAAGAAAUGGCUGAAUCCUGUGCCACUGUCCGAGCUGUUCUUCGUGUCCCGGCCGUGUGAGGACAUCUGCGCCGUGGAGCUGUGCGAGUCGUGGGACGUGGUUCCCUCCAGCUCCCCCUGCAGCUCCUUACCCCUGGUCCACUCCUCUGCUGCGAGCGACCCCCUCUCCUCCUGCUCCUCCUCCUGCUUCUCCAACAUGGACUACUUCAUGUCCAGCGGAACCAGCAGCUCGACUCACACUCACGCCAACCCCAAUUACCAGGGCGACGUCCCGAUCGCGCACAGGAAGCUCUACAUGUCUCUGUGCCCGCCCUUCAUCUCCUCGUCCAUCUACGAGAGCCUACGGAUGGAGCCGCAGAGCCCUGAUUCUGGAUUUGGGGUGGGGAGGUUUGAAGAGCAGGACAUGGAGGACUUCCAUGAAAACCAGAGCUCUCCUCUUCUCCUCCGCCUGCCCCUGAAAGUCUCAUCCUUUUCUCCUGAGCCUCCCUUUUGCCCUCCUGAUGUUAACUUGGUGUUUGAUAACCACGGGCUGGAGGAGGACGCGCCUGUCGCUGCUUCUCCUGCCAGUGAGCACCUGUCAGGCUGGCCCGUGACUGAACCCAUGUGCAGAGCCUCCUCUUUACCUGUCGACACGUGUAAGUCGGGUUAUCUUACUCUCAAAGAACUGCACACCACAUUUAGCAACAAAUCCAUCUGAGUUUUGUGUCAGACUUUUCGGGUGGCACAUGUUGAGAAGCGCCUGUUCACUGUACGUCGUUUUCUUUUUUGUUUCAGCUGCUAUUUUACACAUCAACAACAUAUAUGCACAAAUAUUUUCUGCAUACACAUUUGUCACAUGUUUAGUUUUCCUAGAUUGACCGUGUAAAUACUGUAGGAUUAAUGUAUGUAGCAGUAAUCUAAGUAAAUGUGACGAUACAAUGACUAUGGCAGCUGGUUUGCAAAGUACAUCUCAUUUUUAGUUUUGUCUUUACGCAAUCUGAGUUUUGAGUUUGAAUGUCGACGCCUUCCAUUGCAAACUUAAAUAAAUAAAGUUGUGGCAGAAGUGGGUCACUGUUCUGACUUCCUGUGUGUGCGUGUGUGCGUGUGUAUGAGGCGUGUGUGUUGGUCCGGGGGUUUGUUGUGUGUCCUGCCAGGUGGCCCCUGAGGUGAGCUUCACAGUGAAACGGAGAGAGUCAUUAGUGCGGUUUGACAUUUCAAUCUGACAGCCCUCAUCCGCUCACCUUGCACAACCAAAUACAUUUUUAGUAGGUAGGUUUGACACAAACCACAGCACCAGAAUACUGUUCAACUUUUAACUGAAUCACUCACCAAAGGCACUGAUCGACGGAUGUCUCUACAAAAACCUUAGAAAUUUGUAUUAAAGCUCACGUUUCAAAUUUAACCCCACAGUUUGUAACUUUUUAAUCAGUAAAUACAUUAAAAUAAAAGUAUGUUUCUGUCGGUUUGGUUGUAUUUAUUUCCUUGUAAAAUUGAAAAACUUGUCCUUACUGUGAGCUGGCUUGCAUCUCCAUAAACCUGAUUCAUAUUUUCCCUGAAGCACGGC